GGAAAAAGCAAGUUUCAUCCCUUGCUUCUGCAGUGGCAUCUUCUUCUAGUUCACACACUGCAUAGCAAAUUGAAUUUCAACGAUAUAGAAAUGCAGGGACAAGCUUAACUGAGAAUCAACCCAAUUAGAAAAUGUCUUACUUUUGGUUUAGUGGAACAACGCAUGUUCACAUUUUGAUAAAUGUUUAUGAAUAUGUUCUUGCUUAUACUUAUUAAUUAGAUAGAAGAACAUUGAUUAGUUUCACAUUCUCUCAAUAACUUGUGCAACUAGUGAAGUGACUUGUCCUAGUGCAUACUUUAUGGUCUGCUGACUUUACUUAUUGAGGCCUCAGCAGAACUAGUUUAUCCCUUGCAAUGUCUAUGAUAUGUCAAAAAUGUCGACAGCAACUGCCAUUGCCACCACAUAGUCAACUAUCUCGUUGCCAGUGUGGUAAUUUGAUUCCUCUGGGCGAUAGUGAGAGGCCACUGCCAGUUCGAGAACAUGGUAGAUUCGGUUCUAAAAUGAGAAGAUUUAGAGACAAAUUUCGGAGAAACAGUUCCAGACAGAACAGUCUAUCCUCUUCACCCAGCGUCAGUCCACGUUUCUCUCUAAUUUUUGCAAAGCCACCACCAAGUGGGAAGCGCGCACUUCUUUGUGGGGCGACUUACAAGAAGGAGAAAUUCAGGCUUAAAGGAACACUGCAUGAUGUACACAGCAUGAAGGACUUGCUGCUUCGAAAAUUUAACUUCUCAGAUGACUCUAUUCUCAUUCUAACAGAAGAAGAGGGACAUAAACCUCCAACUAAGAGAAACAUCCUGGCGGCUUUCAAGUGGUUGAUGGCAGACCUUAAAUCAGGUGACUCGUUGGUGUUCUACUUCUCAGGACAUGGCUUACGACAACCGGAUUUUGCUGAUGAUGAGCUAGAUGGUUUUGAUGAAACGAUCUGUCCUCUCGACUUUAGGACUGAAGGCAUGAUCAGUGAUAAUUCCAUCAAUGAUAUUCUUGUUAAACCACUGAUUACCGGAGUUACACUUCAUGCUAUCGUCGACGCUUGUCAUAGUGGAACUGUUCUCGACUUACCAUGGGUAUACAAAGAGAAUAAAUGGGACGAUAACAGACCCCCAUCCGGCACUAAUAAGGGCACGAGUGGUGGCAGGGCCAUCGGUUUCAGUGCUUGCAAGGAUCAUCAAUUAGCGGCAGACACCUCGGCUUUCUCUGCUGAAAAAAUUAUGACUGGUGCCAUGACUUACACAUUUACAAACGCUCUCUGGGAAAAUCCAGAUAUAACAUACAAAGGAUUACUUGAUUGUAUGCACAGGGCAAUCGAAAAGGUCAACAAAGCUAGAUGUCCACUGCUGAAGGUACUCCAACGCAAGAUAGACCAGGAACCAGUGUUAUCCUCUUCUGAAAAAUUCAACAUUAACAUGAAGUUCGAGCUCUAAUUCUGCUGCAGAAAUACGAAUUUGGACCUAGAUAGUUUCAGUUCCAUCAUUAAAGGAGGGCAUGGGCACGGCACUGCUUGUUUCAUACUUUUCUCUUGUAUUGCUUCCAUUUCUUUUGAUACUUAUUUUUCUUUCCUGAGGAGACAAUCCAGAGAUUUGCAUCAAAAUUCUCUCUUUGUCUUUCUUCUGUGUUGAUGCGGACUAUAUAAUUUGUAUCUACAUCUCUGAGUUAAUAAUUGAAAGUUUUCAUAUAAGAAAA